CAAACCCCCAUUCAAUUGCUGUGUAACGUCUGGUGAAGUUAUUUGUUUCAACUUUCAAACACUAGUUCUUUCUUGGCGCAAUAUUGUUUAUGUUACGAAAGUUAUGAAAAGAUUCGAAUUACUAGUAGUUCUUAAAGUAUCUGUAAAAAUAAUUUUGUGCUUAGUAUUAUUUAAUGUUUUGAUGAACCAAUUUCAAAGAUUGCACAUUGGAAGAGUUAACCAAUCGAAUGGUCGUUUUUGGAUGGAAUAUUACCUACAGAUUACCAAGCAAAAUGAAAUCAAAGCAUCAAAUAUUUUGUCGAUUAAUAACAGAUCUUGCAAAAGAAAAUUUCACACUAGAAUGGAUGAUAACAUGCAAACCGUUUUGAAUUAUCCUGUUGUUCGUCAAAUGAGUAAAAAGUUCAAAGAUAUAUUCAAUUUUUUUGAAAAGCCAGUUGUCAUUGGUAACGAGACUGUUCCUGUUAUUGUUACAGCCGCUUCGUCGAAUCAUUACCGCGAAUCCCUUGUUAUGAUCAAUACGUUCAAGAAAAACAUUCUACCACGAUACGCAGGAAUAAAGCUAAUAAUUUUUGACCUCGGUUUAACGAGCUACCAAAAAAAGGAAAUACAAAACGUUUGCAGUUGUGAAAUGAGGACUUUCCAAUUCAGCAAAUAUCCAUCGUUUGUUCGGGUAUUAAGAAAUUAUUCUUGGAAAACUUUGGUUAUAUACACAGUCUUAAAAGAAUAUAACUUUGUAAUGUGGGCUGAUGCUUCAGUUAGAUUUAUUGGCACGAAAGAGGCGUUUGACGUGUUUUUCAAAAAAGUAAAAGAAGUUGGCAUUCUAUUGAGAACUCAUGAAGAAAAAAAAGGAACAGCUACAACUUUUUACUACACGAAAUCAGAAACAUUUCAGUUACUAAAUGAAACCUCGUGUAUGUUCGAUUUCGGAUCAGCAGAAGCUACAUUCGUCACAAUUUGGAAAACACCAUUUACGUGGAAAUAUAUUAUCCAACCUUGGUUAGCAUGUGCCCUUACAGAACACUGUAUGUCUCAUUACAAUCCAGAAUUAGUCCUGGAGUGUAAACCCCGAAAGGAAGUUGUUUAUCACUGCCACAGGUUCGACCAGGCUGUGUUACAGAUAAUCCUGUUUAGACUUUUCAAUGUCAAUAGUGAUUUAUUAAACGUAGACCGUUUACCGAAAGUAUAUCGAAUUGAGAGAUUGUAG